AUGUCUGCACUCGCGAAAACCAUCGUCGCCACGGGCGUCUCUUCUGGACUCGGGUUCGAAGCUAUCAAGCAGCUUCUCCAGCAAACUCAGCCCUACCGUGUCAUCCUAGGCGCGCGGAACGCCGAGGGUGCCCAGAAGGCCUUUGGUGACCUCAAAUUCGACGAGUCCAAGCACAAUGUCACGGUCCUGCCUCUGGAGCUUGCAGACCUCAGGGGGGUGAAAACCUUUGCUCAACAGACACUCGAGACGCUGGGCCAGCAGAAGAUCGACUACGUGCUGCUCAAUGCCGCCAUCUCCAACAGCGCCGAGGAGCCUGGUCCUCAUGGAUCCAAGUGGUGCGAGUCCUACAUCGUCAAUCAUCUUUAUCAUCGUAACGAGGCACUGACAUGGGCGAAAGGCGCCGAGAACAUCCUUCGCGCACUGGAACGCGACGACUUACCGGAAGAUCCUGAACAGAUUUUCCUGACUAGUUGGGGUGAAUGGUGGCCCAAGGAGGUGUACGCGCAGACACUCGACAAGAAGCUGCAGGACAAAUGGUGCCUGGAUAAAGAGCAGAUCGAGCAGGAAGAGGGAAUUACGGCUUGA